UUCACUUUCUCCCAGCUUUUAUUCAGUUUUGUGAAGGAAAAAUUUAACUUAAGAUCAACAAAUUUCAAUUAAAUUCUACCUAAUAUGUUUCUAGUUUCCGUUAAUCCGUUCAAUGAUGCAUGUGUUUAGACGAGAAAAAAAGAAUUACAAAUUCUAAUACAUGAUGGCUUUGUUUACAUUGCAUACAUCUUAAGAUAAUGGAGUAAAUUAAUGUGGGUGGAUGGUGUUGAUCUGAAAAUUCGUAGAAUGAUCAAUGUAAGAAUGAAUGCCUUUAGUGACAUAGCCAUCGGUGAACCGGAACAAGAUGCCAACACUGCUCUUAUGGAACUUGACAAAGCCUUGCGCUCCAUCAAAAUUGGAGAGCAAUGCGAGGCUAUUAUACGAUUUCCGAGACUUUUUGAAAAAUAUCCAUUUCCUAUACUGAUAAACUCAUCGCUUCUGAAGCUAGCGGAAGUCUUCAGGACAGGAAAGAGUAAUUUUUUGAGAUUAUGGAUUUUACGAGUUUGUCAACAAAGUGAAAAACAUCUGGAUAAAAUUUUGAAUGUCGAGGAGUUUGUUGGAAGAAUAUACAAUGUCAUGCAUUCAAACGAUCCAGUAGCCAAAGCCCUCACUCUAAGAACUUUGGGUAGCAUUGCUAGAAUAAUACCGGAGCGAAAACAAGUACAUCACAGUAUAAGAAGAUCCUUAGAUUGUCAUGAUUUGGUUCAAGUUGAAGCAGCUAUAUAUGCUGCUCAAAUGUUUGCAGCACAAUCAAAAUUAUUUGCAAUUUUCAUGUGCAGUAAAAUUUCCGACAUGAUCAGAGGUCAAGCUACCCCAGCCUCAAUGAAGCUGCAGCUGAUACCCAUCUUGCAGUACAUGUACCAUGAUAUUUCUACAGCAUCGAUGGCUAAUGAAUUAUGUAUAGAAUUACUUGAAAGCUAUCCUGCAGUUGAUUUUGUACGCGUUACAUUAAGUACUUCAACUACUUUAGCUUCAGCUGCACUGAUACAUGUACCAGCCCAAGUCACAUUACUGUUAAAAUAUUUGAGGGAAGAUCCAAGACUGUCUAUUAAACUGCAUGCUCUCCAGCUUUUACAUAUUUUGGCAAAGAAAGGAGCUCAUCUGUGGCCACAAGGUGCACUUAAGCAACUAAUUGAUUAUUCAUCAACUCUUUUACAAGAUGAUUCGAGGAAUGUAAAUUUAUUAAUUCAAUCUUUAAAAGUCAUUGAAGUUUUGAGUAACUCCCCCCUAACUUGUGAUGCCAAUAUGGAAGAAGGAAGCCCGCUCAUACGUUUGUGCUCGUCUGCUUUUUAUUCCCCAAAUCCAAUUGUAGCUGUAAAAGCUGUUACAAUUUUGUCUAGGAUAGCGUGUUAUUGUUACGAGGAAGGAUUACCCGUUUUCGAUGUACAGCCUGUAGUCUCUUGCCUAGAAUCGUUAAUUAUGCUGCUAGCAUUAGACAACAAGUAUUCGUAUCAAUUGAAUGUAUGCUUAAAGUUGACCAUUAAACUAUGCCAAACACAACGUAGUCAUUGCGCUGUUUUCAUCGACGCGAUUGGUUCAACUCUCGUAAACACUACAACAACUAGCAAAGAAAACGAUCAUCAAGCUGUCACACUUUGUGAAGCUUUAGGAGCAAUAGGAAGCUUAGGGGACAAUAUUUUGCUUCCUCUACUACCAGAUAUUCUUGUGAAAAUUAAACAAGCGCCGCAUACCCAGACUAAAGUGAUGCUCUGCACAUUACUUUUUCAAAUAGUAGCUAACGGCUAUGAAUGGAACGAUGAAUGUUUGAUAACUCUCGAUUUUGUUGUCAAGUCCGUUGAUAAUUGGAACAAAUAUAAAAUUGCACGCGGAGCUACGCGAUAUGGACAUCACAAGAUUGCAUCUCGAUUAUUCAAUGCUUUAAAAGAGGCAGUUGCUCUGGAGCAACUUCAUUUUUGGUUGUCUGGCUUGGAAUUAAUGACGAGUGCCGAAAGUUAUAUAUUAGAUAAUCCCGAUGGCGAAAAGAAUACGGUAAAGAAAUUGAACAGUGCGAUAGCUCGGUAUGGUAGCGCUUGUGCCUCCUUUAAAGCUGCAAGUACACCUCUCAGGAGUUUGCAGUUUGCUUGUGAUUAUUCCAAACUACGCUGUGAAUUUCUACAGGCACUGCUACAAUUACUGCACUCCUGUAGGUCGUUGUGUACAGCUCCACCUUAUGCUAUUGCCACACAUGAAGCAGUCACGGCAAAAGAUGAUUUACUCAGAUACGGUCGUGUGACAAAUCAGUUGCGGAAAUCGAUAAGCGAGUUACGAACUUGCGCCGAGAAUUACCAAAAAUUGUACCAAUCUGCCUUUGAUGCCGAUCCUGGCUCAUUGAAUAACAUAAGAGCUCUACGAGAACUGUGUUUGCUAAUGGCGCAAAGCGUGCAACGAGUCUGCACAAGCAAUCCAGCAAAUUCGACUCCAGAUAAAGAAGACAACACGGAUACUCUAGGAUCGCCCAUCACUUCUAACUUUCAUUUUGGAGAUACACUUGAAAUGCAGCAGCUGUCACGCUGCUGUGCCCAAAUUCAGGAAUUAGCGCCAGUCCCUAACGAGACCGUAACUGCAUCUGACGUUGAGAGAAACGGCGUUAGUCAUCUUCGAGUAGCCAAACUAAUUACACAGGUCGAGUUCCUGACUAGUGGCAAAUUUCAGCUACCUGUUCCUAGAUUCUUUUUCCAACAACUCCAAUCGACUAGCAUCAAGCUCUCGGUAGCACCGCAACCACGUGUACUUGGUGAGCCUUUCUCUGUGCCUCAAGGUAGUCAGUUAGCCCUCAAGGUCGAGGGUGUAUUGAGACACGGCAAACGAGCUUCGUUAUACAGAUCAGUAUCAGCUAUUUGCGUUACUAUAUCUACCACAUCACCGUCCAAGACUGGUUUUGAGAAAAAGGAUUCAGGAAUUAGUGAUCUCGAGCAGACGGUUGUGCCUCAUCGUGAUUUCUUUGCUUGCGAGUUUCUACUGUCCUUUGCUCCUCAAAGCAAUAAUAAUGCGUGCAGUAGUAACAUUGGGAGUAAUACAUCGACCGGUGGUCAGUAUCAGGUUACUGCAAGUGCUAACAUAGUAGAUGAAAGUGGAAAUAUUUGGAAAUGUGGACCUCGAUCAACUUUGCAAGUAAGAGUGUUUGAGGAACCCAUGCGCAAAAAACUUUCGUAGACGUUUUAUCUUAACGAUAACC